ACACACUCCUGACACCUCAGCCCAAACUCAUAUGAAGCUUGCUAGAAUGCUUUAGAGCCAUCGGGACCAUCUGAAAGCUGUUACUGCAACACGAUGGCAAGAUAGCAAGAUCCUUCUUGUUGUCAACGGACAGCACCGGGCGUGUCUGCAGCGUGGGCCGUGGGGACUGAGAGAGAGGUAGGACGUACCGUAAGUGGACCCGAUUCUCCCCACCACUCCCAUUUACCGGCGGCAACCGCAGCGGGUGCGCGGAGGCGCGCUUCCUUCAGUCCGUCAUUUAUUUUAUACGCAGGAGGAGGAGACCCUGACAUUUGUGUCGCGGGAAGAGCAUUUCAACCUACGGAGAGGAAUGAUACACUAGCGGACCCUUGCAUAGACCCGGGAUGUUACUUGGUAUGAUGUUUGGAUAUACUGGAGUGGAGGCGAGGACUUGCACGGAUUAGAUGGUGCGCUUUCGUUGAUUUGGGCAGGAAAAGUAGGCUAUGCUUCACAAAUACCUUCCUGCAAUUUUGUUUUUAGUCUAAAUGCAAUUGCAGUGAUUGGAUACUCAAGGACAUCGCGCGUAACAAAUGAGACAGACAGAGAUCAAUGCAUCAGAGCUCAAAAAAGACAAUCUGCUUUGGUAAUACAGAGCCCAGUGUCCGCGCGUGGAUGUGUUAGUGUCUGUGGAUGCGAUGCUCUCCUUUAGCUGUCAACUCAUCUGAGAGUUCGCGCGCGCUCUCUGAGCGCUGUCGGAUUCACGGACUCUGAUCGGACCUGCCUGGCGAGCAAAGUUAAACACGACUGUGGUUUGAAUCUGAAACCGAGAGACAUCAAAAUAAGAAAUCAAGACUCAUCAGACCAGGCAACAUUUUUCCAGUCUUCAACUGUCCAAUUUUGACAGAUUGGUGUAUCAUAGUGAAUGAGUCAAUGACUGCUGUGGAGCGUCUGUAUCUGGCCCAAUAGUGUGGAGUCAUCACGCCCUGGGCUCUGAAGAGAGGACAGAAUGGACAGACGGAGGGACUUCAGAAUGGGGAGUCGACCUUUAUUUGGAUGGAGUGCCCCCAUGGAGAGGCUGCUUCUAUGCCUAGCUCUGUUCUCCUUAUCGUCCUAUGCUAUGCAGUGCCCCAAGCGGUGUACCUGCCAGAACCUGCUGCCCUCCUUUACCGUCCUGUGUGCCAAAACCGGCCUGCUCUUCGUACCACCUAAUAUCGACCGGCAGACCGCCGAGCUGCGACUGAUGGAUAACUUCAUAACCACCCUGCGCCACAAAGACUUCGCUAACAUGAGCAGUCUCAUACACCUCACGCUUUCCCGUAACACCAUCAGCCAGAUCAGACCUUACGCCUUCGCCGACUUGCAGGAUCUGCACGCGUUGCAUCUGGACGGUAACCGACUGACGGUUCUGGAUGACACUCACCUGCAGGGUCUGGUUAAUCUGCGCCACCUUAUACUUGCCAACAACCAGCUUCACAGCAUCUCGGUUGGAGCCUUUCAGGAUUUCUUAGAGACUCUUGAAGACCUGGAUCUGUCUUAUAACAAUCUGGCGGAUUUACCGUGGGACACUAUAGCUAUGCUCGCCAGCGUCAACACCCUGAGCCUGGACCACAAUCUUAUUGAGUUUGUGCCUGAAGGGAUAUUUUCUAAUCUACACAAACUGGCCAGGCUGGAUAUGACAUCCAACAAGCUCAAGAAAAUCCCCCCAGACCCUCUCUUCCUACGCAUCCCUGUUUACGCUAAAAUGAAAGGCUCGCCGUUGACAUCGCUGGUGCUCAGCUUCGGCGGUAACCCGCUGCACUGCAACUGCGAGCUUGUCUGGUUACGGCGUCUCACCCGGGAGGAUGAUCUGGAGACUUGCGCGUCCCCACGAGAGCUCGCCGGAAAGUACUUCUGGACCAUUCGAGAGGAGGAGUUUGUGUGCGAGCCCCCCAUGAUCACCCGUCACACCUCGAAGAUGUUCGUCAUGGAGGGUCAAGAGGUCAGCCUGCGGUGUCGAUCCGUCGGGGACCCAGAGCCGACCGUCCACUGGGUCAGUCCUGAUGGAAAGCUGAUGGGGAACACCACACGCACCAUGUGCUACGAAAACGGUUCUCUGGAUAUCUUAACAGCCACGGUGAAAGAUUCAGGUGUGUUUACCUGUAUAGCCUCUAAUGCGGCAGGCGAGGCCACUGCACCGGUGGAACUAGUAGUAAAUCCCUCGCCACAUUACGAUCCCAAACUGGAUCCCGAACCGGGACCAUCGGAUAUGCCUACUUCCAUAAAGUCCAACAGCAGCGGUAGCGGGGGACAUGCACGCGCGGAUCAGCGUGUUAGCGUUUCGGAAAUAACCUCAAAUUCAGUGAUAAUCCGCUGGCCUCCGCAAAGCCACAUCCCUGGAGUGCGCAUGUACCAGAUCCAAUAUAACAGCUCCACAGAUGACAUUCUCAUAUACAGAAUGAUUCCUGCCUCCCACAAGCUGUUUUUACUGAGCGAUCUGGCCUCAUCGCGGGACUAUGAGCUAUGCGUCUUGGCCGUCUACGAUGAUGGCAUCACAUCUCUCACUGCUACGCGAAUGGUCGGCUGCGUGUCAUUCUCGACGGAGCGAGAGUUUCGGCACUGCCGCUCAAUCCACGACCAGUUCCUGGGUGGCACCAUGAUAAUCGUCAUCGGUGGAAUCAUAGUGGCAUCAGUCCUUGUUUUCAUUUUCAUCCUGUUGAUGAAAUACAAACUUCACAGCCAGCACUACAAGCAGAAGGCUGCCCGUGUCAGUAACGUUUGUUCUCAAACCAACGGCGGCCAGCAGGGGGCAGCAUCAGGCCCUCCACCCAGGUCAUCUUCAUCAUCUGGUUCUUCCAGCAAGCCCUCUGCCCCUCUCGGGUUGGAGAGGCAAGAAGGGUCCCGUGGCUUAGAGGCGGGUUACGGGGCAUUGAGAGGUACGACGGUGGUGGACUUGAACCCAGAAUACGGAAAAUCUGUAAAAGAUGAAGAUUCCAUAUCGCAAUAACACAGGGUCAAAUCCCGCCUCCCCUCCCAUCUUCACAUCUCAACCCAUUCUGUUUUAUUUUCUGUUGCUGGGGUCCUGCCGGAUUACUGAGGAUUAUCUCCUGUCCAAGGGCAAACUUCUCGGUCUGGAAACUACAUGCAGAAUGCCAGAUUAAAUGGGUUGAGGCCAAUCUGUUAGUUGGACAAGCUGUGGGUGGACGGCAAAUACAACAGCAACUCUGUGUUCAGUUCUUUAUGCAAGACUCUCCCCCCUCACCAAGGAUAUUAUGUGCUUCUUUGGAGCAUAUGAGCAAUUUUUUUGUCCCUUUUAUGGAAGUUGAAAAAGAAACACAUCCCCUUGAAAGGAAGUUGCAGUUAAUCUUUAUUGAAAUGUGGAAAGUGUUAUAUUAAAAUAUCAGUGUUUGAUAGAUGAAGAAGCUCAGAUCCCAGCGAUGGUCCAGUGCCAAAGGAUUGACAUGUCUGGAUUGAAUGUUCUCUGAAGGUUCAUGUGGAUUCAGACUUAUCAAAGUUCAAUGAAAUAUUGACAAGUUGGUAUUGAGUUAACAUUUGUGGACCUUCUGGAGCACUUUAUUAUGGAUUCGACUGUAUUGUGUAAGCUAAUGACUCUGGCUCUCUCUCUUGCUCGCUCACUUUAUUUGGAAACUGCACACAUGGAUCGAUUUUGGGCUGAUUCACAAACAUGAGGAGUGUGUUCUUGGAAUCUGGAGAUUAGGUCAAAACAGGGGAGGCACCACCAGAACAUUGAUCGUCACAGUGCACUAAAACUUUCAGACUCUGAUGUGUCAAUGAGGAUUUAAGGUAAGGCGGUGAACUCUGCAUCAGCAGACUGUGAAAGGCCAUGAAAAAUAUUCUGCAGACCUCUUUCACAUCCGGCCUGCUGAAAUAUAUACUGUUCUUAUUUUGACUGUAUCUGUAUUUGUAUGUGAAGUACACCUUCAACCAUCUCUGAUUUCAAUUGUUUGAUUUCGAAGAGAAAAUAAUAAAAAUAUGGGAUGGAAUUUUAUGCUUUCAUAGGUACUCUAUGUGGAUUUAUAAAGAAAUAAAAUAUUUUUCUUCAA